AUGCCUGGCUUAGACCCAAGCUUAGUAAGUCAUACUUUGAAUAUUGAGCUUAGUACAAAACCUAUCAUGCAGCCGAGAAGGAAUUUUCAUCCUGAAGUUGAGAAGCAAAUCACGGUGGAAAUUGAAAAGUUGUUAGCUCCCGGAUUCAUUAAGCCAAUCAAGCAUCCUACGUGGCUAGCAAAUAUUGUCCCUGUGAAAAAGAAAACCGGUGUGAUCAAAGUAUGCACGGAUUAUCGAGACCUCAACCGAGCUUGCCCAAAGGACGAGUUCCCGCUGCCUAACAUGGAUAUCUUAAUUUAUUCGACCUCGGGUCAAGGCUUGUUGUCAUUCAUGGAUGGGUUUAGUGGUUACAAUCAGAUCAAGAUGUCACCCAAAGAUGUUGAGAAGACAGCCUUUCGAACACCAUAUGGGAAUUUUUAUUAUACGGUCAUGCCAUUCGGCCUAAAAAAUGCUAGCGCCACCUACCAAAGAGCCAUGACAGCAGUGUUUCACGACAUGAUGAGAAAAGAAGUUUUAGAUUAUGUGGAUGACCUUGUGGUGAAGUCCAAAACCAGAGAAGGCCAUCAAGAAGUUUUGAGGAGAGUGCUGGAAAGGUGUCGGCUGUUCGGUUUAAAGAUGAAUCCAAAGAAGUGUGCGUUCGGGGUUUCAUCCUGUAAAUUCUUGGGGUUUCAAGUACACCAGCGUGGCAUAGACGUGGAUCCUGAAAAGACUAAAGCCAUAAAUUCUCUUGCACCGCCUAGAAACCCAAAAGAAUUGAAAAGAUUUAUGGGAAGAUUAUCGUAUAUUCGACGCUUUAUCCUAGGUCUUGCUGCCUCCAUGAUUGCUUUUACUCCAUUGCUCAAGAAAGGCAAGCCGUAUGAAUGGAGUGAGAAGUGCCAAGAAGCUUACCAGAAAGUGCAACAAAUAAUCACCAAGCUGCCCACUAUGAAAGCACCUAUUCCGAGGCUUCCUCUCAAGCUUUAUUUGGCUGCAACAAAGACAGCAGUAGGGGCUUUGCUUGCUCAAGAUGAUCAUGACGGGGAAGAAAGUCCCAUUUAUUACGUAAGUAGGCAACUAAGGGGAGCUGAAGUAAGAUAUCCGAAGACUGAACUCUUGUGCCUUGCUCUUGUCUAUGCUGCACAGCGCUUGCGGCAUUACUUCCUUGCUCACAAGCUACAUCUCAUGGUGAAGUCUUAUCCCGUAAGAUAUUUGCUUACAAGUCCGGUGUUAUCCGAACGCCUUGCACGAUGGCUGCUACAACUGUCCGAGUUUGAUAUCACCUACACCACCCCAAAAGCCAUCAAAGGGCAGGCCGUGAUUGACAUGUUGGCUCUAUUUCUCGAAGUUGAAGAAUCAACAAUCUCUAUUGAAGUUCUGGGGGAGCUGCCAAAAAUGGUUGAUGUAGUCACAGAGGCAGGACCAUGGACCCUCUACUUCGAUGGGUCUUCUACAUCGAAGGGUGGAGGGGCAGGUGUGGUGCUUGUCAAUCCCGAGGGGCAAGCCACGACCCUCUCAUUUAAGCUAAAUUUCCCAUGCACAAAUAAUACGGCAGAGUACGAAGCUUUUAUUGCAGGGAUGUCUACAGCAAGGGAAAUGGGUGUCAAAAGAAUUAAAAUUAUUGGGGACUCAAACUUGGUGCUGAGUCAAUUGCAAGGAAAUUUCACUGUGCACCAUAUCGUAUAG